CCGCGCAGUACCACUGCGAGGCGAGAGCUCUGUGCUAGCGGACCUGUGAUGUGAUAGAGGCGUUUUUUCCCGUAUCUGAAAUAUUAGAACCGCUUGGAGUUGAAUGUGAGCCCAAAAGCCCUGGAAAUUUCCACAAUAUAGUCUCGGAGAAUUGGUUCUAGUUCAGUUCGCAGCUUAAAAAGUUCUCGUUCGGGAUUCGACUCGAAUUACUGCGUUCGUUUGAAAGAGUGGUUCAGAAGUUUUUUUGGAGCUCAGGACAAGCAGUAACGCAGAGGAAGACGCGUUCACUUUGUGCUACUGAGGUUUAUAAAAGAUAAGUCGAUAAAAUAUUGUUUCUGUUGUUUGUUGGAGUUUUUCACGCAAGGUUUUGCCUGAGGAUUAAACUUUUCUGCUGAAUUGUGUGUGUCGUGUCGAGCGAAAUGAAAGACGAGUUCUCUGAAGAAGAGGACGUCCAGUCAUUUGGAUACAAGAGAUUUGGUUUUCAGGAGGGAACUCAGUGUACUAAGUGUAAGAGUGAGUGGGCAUUGAAGGCAGCUAUAGGCCUGCUCUACGUUCUCUGCAUCUUACUCACCAUUGCUGUAGCCAUACUGGGUUACAAAGUGGUUCAGAAAGUAGAUGGUGUUACUAAGGGAAUGCACAAUUAUGAGGGCAAAAUCACUGCUAUGGAGACAGAUGUAAGAAAAUUAGAUGAUGAGUCUGGUAUGACAUCGAAGAACACUUCCAGUGAGCUGCAGAUGUUUCGUUCUGGGUUAUCAGCGUUGCGUCAAAAGCUAGCUGCAGCCUCUGACUCCGUCAACAGCAAUGCUGCUGUCCUGCAGCAGCUCCGAGCCUCAUCACAAGAUGUGCUUUCGCUGCAGGAAUAUUUGCGCUCACAGCUAAAUGACCAUGCCAGCACUCUGCAUGCUGCUAAUGCUACGCUAUUUUCUGUUGCUGCAAACACACCUGUGCUGCAGCAGGACACUGCACACCUUCAGCACAACUUGCAGACACACAUCAAUGCACAGCGCAUGCUACAGCUUUCUAUCGACCGUCUCAACUUCACUCAAUUGCAGCAGGACACUACUACAGCAGCACUGCAGCGUACAAUGGAAGCAGCAGAUAUGAAUACGCAGAGUGUCUAUAGUGACGUGCUAACGGUGCGCCGGGAGACACAGCUAGUGGGCAGCAUUGAGGACUGGAUUAGAGAAAAGAUCAUUAACCUGGAAAAAGCUGAAUUUAAUGCAUCAGCCCAUGUUCUGGCCACUGCACAAGGACUGGGGGAGGUAAACAUGCAGCUAGCUAGCAUCUCCAGUCAAAUUCUGAAUAUUAGCACACUCAACGAUGGUAACGCAGCAAACCUGAGAGAGCUACAGGAACAGCAGCAGGAUUAUGGCAGUCGAACAAGUGCUCGCUUUGACAGAAUGGAGGAAAGGCUGGAUGCAGCAGAAGAAAAUGUUGACAGGGUCACAGGGAAUGUGAGCUAUACUACAUGGAUGCUGGGGGGAGUGAACGGAGAACUGGGUGCUUUGCGGAGCUGCUCAGACACAGUGGGACAACAUUCAGAUCUCCUGCUGAAUCUAAACAGGACUCUGGCUGAGACACAGGCAGACGGGUCUGCUCUAAAGGCCCAGCAGGAUGAUCUAUCAGCUCGGCUAGACAAAGAAGUCAGCAGUCUUUCCAUGAUCAUGGAAGAAAUGAAGCUUGUGGACAGCAAGCACUCCCAGCUCAUCACCAAUUUUACAGUAUUGCAGGGCCCUCCUGGUCCAAGGGGUGCCCGUGGUGAAAAAGGCCCUCCUGGUGCAGGUGGUCCUCCUGGUCAGAAGGGGGAGAGAGGUGAUAAAGGAGAGGCAGGUGUUCCAGGCACUCAGGGAGAAAAAGGAAGCUCUGGCCCUCCUGGUUUUUCAGGUGUCCCAGGCAUACAAGGGCCUCGUGGUAGCCCAGGACCAAAGGGCUCACGAGGGUCAGGAGGCCGUGCAGGACCCCAAGGCACAAAAGGAGAACCUGGCACACCUGGACUGCCAGGCAGAGAUGGGAUGCUAGGGCCCCUGGGUCCUCAAGGACCACUGGGUAUUCGUGGACCAGUUGGUCCUGUAGGGGACCCAGGACACAUGGGACCACCAGGGCCUAUGGGACCUCCAGGACCACCAGGGUUGCCCGGCAGCGCAGCACCAGUGCCAACGAUACCUGCCCCACCAGAAGGUGCUUCACCACUAGUUGCUACAAGAUCUCUGCCAGGCGGAGUUGGCUGCCCUGCUGACUGGGUAUGGUUCAAAAACAGCUGUUACUUCUUCUCUACUGAAAAGCUCACUUUUGACGAUGCUCUUCAAAAGUGCAAUGGCAUGUCUUCAUCCAUGGUCAUCAUCAAUGAUAAUGAAGAACAGGGCUGGAUACAUCUUCACACAGUCGGUAGAGGCUACUUCUGGUUGGGAUUGACAGAUCGACAAAAAGAGAAUAUUUGGCGUUGGGUGGAUGGCUCAGAGCCUACCUUCAAGAAAUGGAGGCCUGGUCAGCCUGAUAACUGGAGCCAUGGACAUGAUGAAGGAGAGGACUGUGCAGGCCUUGUUCAUGGAGGCAAGUGGAACGACUUCUACUGUGACGACCAGCUUGGUUUCAUCUGCGAGAGAGCAGUAAACAGUUGAAAUCUGUGAAAAUGGAACAGUGUGGCAACAGUGUACCCCAGUGAGUAAAUAAAUAUGGUCAAAUGACCUCGCAGCUUGUGUCAGAGAUAGAUGACUCUCUUUGACAAGUAAACCUGAUGCAGGUACGACGAAUGAGGAAAGACCAUGUUGUAGAAGUAAUAAGCUGCAGUGUUCAGUGCAAGGUGAAUUGUUUCCUGUCCACUGGCCACUGACAUUAAAUGAUGGUCUCAUUCCUGGACAGUCAGUUCAUAAACAUCAAGGAGCUAUUAACAUUCAAGCUGUGAGCUAAACAGGUGUAAAGAAGCAAAUUAAUGUGUAUUUCAGUACUUUAUGUAAUUUUCUACUAUUUUAUGUAUAUAAUUUUGAAUAGUUUUAUUCCACAUUUGUUCUUGUAUUUUUCAAUGAGUCCUAAUCUGCCAUUUCUUUAUAUAUGCCCCCUUUUGACCCACACAUACACUUAACUCCUACCUAUUAAUAAAUAAAUAAAUAAAUAAAAGAACAAAGGAUAUAAUAAAUAUGGAUUUCAUUUCUAUUAUGUUUGUUCAUUCUUCUAAAAUAUUUGAUUAACUGCAUUUUUCCAACACUUAUUAUUGAUGUGAUAAAUAAGAAGGUAAUUAAAAAAUUCUACACCAUAAGUGCAUUGUUAUAGUCAUUUUUAUUGUUUCUUCCUUAUUACUUAUUUCAGUAAAUUAUCAUGAUGAUUAUUAAAUACACUUAAAAACUUGCAGUGCACUUAUUUAAAUGAACAUAUUCAUUUUCUUAAGUAUUCACAUUUUUUAAAUUGUCAUUCCACUUUGUUUCAUAUCCUUUGCCUUUGACUCCUGUCCCUUUUCUCCUCAGCUGCACGGAAGAAUGAAAUUAUGUAACAGUAGCACCUUAGAGAGAGACACUACUCAACAAAUUUGUUUCUUAAAAAAAGACAAAAACAAAA